GUGGCAUUAAUCUUUUCAAAUUUGGAGCGAGAAAAUAAAAAGAAGAAGAAGAAGAAAUAUUUGCUUACGUAAAAGCAAAAGAUAUAAAAUAAAGAAAUUUGCUCUAAGCGGGUAUCCAAAAAAAUCCCUCAUUUAUUUUUAUUUUUCUAUUUCGGGGAGUUUAUCUAUUAGAUAAAUUUUUUUUUGGUCAGAUAUCUAUUAGAUAAUUAAAGAAGCUGUGAGAAUUUGGUCAUAAAUUUCAAAAGAACACAAGAAAGACAACCUUGUAAUUUUCCCUCUCAAACAAACAUUCGUAUCGCAUACAAACCUCAGACGGAGACGAGCCCCAGCGACACAACGACGGCUCUGUUUCCACCAUCGCUGAAGCGAGGAUUUCUCAGGGUGUUGUCGCGCGCGAUACAAUCUGUUCCGAAAACCAUAGAGAUCGUUGCGGUUUCUUGAUAGUUUCUUGCGCGCCAAGCACUCUGUUCCUAGCCGUGGCCACGAUGGGGGAAUCGCUGGAUGAUUGGAGGGAUUUCUUUGGAACGACGGACAUGUUUGAGUUCAUCGAGACCGCUAUCACGAUAGCCGUGCUGGAUCGCCCGGGAGAUUUUCGGCUACAAAGAGACCGCAUAGCCGAGCGGCUGUUCUCGACCACGUCGACUCAGAGUCGGCGGCGCCCAGGGUACGAUGACCUGCCUGCGUCGCGCGAUGGUGGAGAUGAUUGUGUACGCGCGAAUAAAGAAAGUAAAACGAUCAGGGACAACAGUAAGGAUGACGUUGAGCGUGAUGGGGUGGACAUGAACCCGGAAAGCUAUCUCGAUUAUGGAGGCGCAGAGGCAUUUAGUGAUGAGAUUGAUGAACAGUCUCAAAUUAUUGGUGAACUUCUAAGGAUCAAGCGGGUUUUGGACAACAGUCAACACGAGUCUGAUUCGGCGCUUUAUGAAUCACUGAGAAAACUCCAGUUGAUGACUAUCUCUAUGGAUGUAUUGGAGAAAACAAAGAUUGGGAUAACUGUCAACAGUCUCCGGAGGAAAGGUGGAUCGACGCAGAUUGCUCAACUUGCACACAACAUCACUAUGAGAUGGAAGGCCAUGGUCGAAGAGAUAUGCCGCAGCACAAAGGAUGUUGCUGAUUCUUAUGUGGAUCUUCGCAAAGUCGGAAAAAUAGAUUGUGCCAGUGGAUUAUCAUCGUCAGUGAAGAACCAGAACACCCCAAAAUGGCAACAAGAGAAACACGCCAACAAGGCCAGUUCAAUUGCUAAGAGGAACCAGAGACCAAAUAUGAACCAACAACAGGCCACUGUGAAGCCCAAUACAUCUUCUAGUAUCAACUCAAAAAUUGCAACACAGAAGUUUGAGAAGGAAAGAAUGCUUCAAAACUCAAACGGAAUCAUGGGCCGCAAGAGACUCUUCACCAGUCGACACGAUAAGAUCAACAGCUCGGAUGAAGUUGCAGUGGAAAAGAAAUUUGGAGCCUCCAAGGGGACAUUACAAGAGCACUAUCAACAAGCAGAAUCAGCCAAGAGGCAGCGGACAGUGCUGGCUUUACCUGCUCUCCCAAAGCAACCGGCAAGUCAUAAGGGUCCAGGUCCACGCACUCGAAUCGAAAAAACUCUUAGCCAGAUGGCGAAGUCACGGAGACGGAUCUCAUUGUUUUGAAGACCAAACUUCCAGUGCCGAAUGCAGCUGUUGCUUGAUACUUCAUUUGUGAAAAUCUGUGUUUAUUACCUCUGGACACGUUGCAUAUAUUAGCUAUGACUGGUUGAUAGGAGUUUUUACUCAGGAAGCUUGUGCUUAGCUCGUAUAGCUAUGACUUGUUGCUUAUAUAGCUCAUGAUGGAUAUAGAAGUACAGACGAAGGGCUUGUAGUGGGUAUUAGUCCUCCCACAUUCAAAUUUUUUUUCCCGUGAAUAACAAAUGAAUUUACUCAUGAAAAAGUUGCUUCUCAAUGCAGUCUAAAUUGUAACAAAGAAGAAGAGCAGUUGUGAUGGGAAGAAAGAUGUGCAGGUGGAUGCUUGGGAACUGGUGCUUUUUGCUCUGUUUCAGGCCAUCCUGGAGAGCAUUUUCCGAGAUAUCUCCGCUUGAUAUAUAACCUUAUAUAUUCCUUUUGCUACGUCUUUUAGCUCCAUGGACACAAGUUUCAGUUCUAAACUGAAUGAAGAAAACAAUCCAAUCUGGUUUCCUAUGAA